CGGAGCGCGGCGGGCGGGAGCGUGGCUGGCACCGCCGGGGAGCCAUGUUGGCGGCCGCUGCCCGGGUGGGCCGGGGGCUCCGCGGGGCCUGGGCAGGUCCGGGCGGUGCCCGGCUCAGCUCUUGGCUGCCUCAGGCGGCUCCAUCCCGAGGGUGUCACUGGGCGGGGUCGGUGCUGGCGUCCCGGGCUUCGCUCCCGGUCAGAGCACAACCAAAGAAGAAGAAGAAAGUGGAUGUAAAGAGAGAGCAAGCACAGAAGGAUCGUAUGAAAAAGAAAAUUAAAAAGUUGGAAAAAGCUGCUCCAGAACUGAUUCCAAUAGAGGAUUUUGUAGCACCACUGAAGUAUUCAGACAGCAACAGGGUGCGAAGUCUUCCCCCCCUGUCAUUUGAGGAGACUGAAAGACGAGUUUUACUUCUGAAAAAGUGGUGUUUGUUUAAGCAGAAGCAAGAUGAGGCAGAGAAGAAAGCAAUUCAGGCCCUUGUAGAAGCACAGCAAGAGGCACUGAGGGAACUGCGCCUGGAAUCCGAGGAGCUGUAUCAGGCAGCAAUCAGACGGGAUGAGGGGCUCUUCCCCUUUGAGAGGGAUGGACCUGAUUAUACCCCACCACUCCCUGGUUAUGAUCCUCCUGAAGGAAAAUGUGUGGAUAUCACCAAAGUGUACACCCAGUGAUGGAGUUUGUUGUUCAGUUGGUGCUGCUCGGCUGACUGAAGGAGGAAAAAAUGGAAUCAGAAUAAACAAUUCCUUCUGCAAGUUAAAA